GAUAUCACACCCUCCUCCACUACUUCCUCGCGCACACGAAACUGCUUUCAGAAGCUUCCUGCUACUGUUUCCUCAUCUCGGGACAUAGUUUCAGACAGUUACUAGGUGACAAAUUUUAAAGUCUAUUACCCAAACGUUUUAAAGUUUAAAUCAAAGGAUCUACAUUUUACACGCUAACAAUGAACAUUUUUAAUCAUAUACGUUAAUCAUCACCCAAGCGGUAAAACAUUAACUGGGCGAAGGUCACAGGCUUUGCUCACUGUAGUUCGAACCUGGAAUCUAAAAAGGCUAUUGACAUAGGAGCUCCACCGAUUGCAUUUCCAAUGGCAAGAACCACGAUGAGCUGGAAGCUGUCAUGAAUUCAGAACCGAUCUUAGAGGAAGUUCUGAUAAAACGGUCUCAGCAGAAGAAGAGGACUUCGCCGCUGAACUACAAAGAGAGGUUAUUUGUCUUAACAAAGACGAAACUAACAUAUUAUGAAGGUUCACCUGAGAAGAAGACAAAAAAGGGCUCAGUUGAUUUACAGAAGGUCAAAUGUGUGGAGAUAGUAAAAAAUGGAGGCACGCUUAUCCCCUGCCAAAAUAAGUAUCCAUUUCAGGUCGUGUAUGAUUCCAGCACCUUGUACAUUUUUGCCCCAACCAAUGAGCGAAGAAGUGUUUGGGUACAGUAUAUGAAGGAGGAGAUUAAGCAGAAUACCUCAGUCGUGGCCAAAUUCCACCCUCAGUUCUGGCAGGAAGGGGUGUGGCUCUGCUGCAGACAGGUGGAGAAGCUGGCCCUGGGCUGUGAGGAGUACAACCUGUUCGGAGACAUUUCACGAAAACCUCUUCCUCCAAUUCCUGGAAAUGAAAAGACUGGAAAGGGCCGGCGACCGCCCCCACCCCCGCCUCCACAGGAGAAAGAGGAGGAGGAGAACCAGGAGGAGGACGCGAAGGUGUUCGUCGCCCUGUACGACUUCGAUGGCAUGGAGGCCCAGGACCUGACCCUGGUGAAGGGGGAGGAGUAUGUGAUCGUGGAGAAGAGUGACGUGAACUGGUACAAAGCACGGAAUAAAUACGGAGAAGAAGGAUAUGUCCCCAGCAAUUAUGUGGCCGAGAAGGGAUUGGGUCACAUUGACCAGUAUGUCUGGUACUGCAAAAAUGUGAACAGAAACCAAGCAGAGCAGCUACUUAGAAAAGAGGAUAAAGAGGGAGGGUUCGUGGUGAGGGACUCGAGCAGCCCCGGGGCUUUUACCGUCUCUCUGUACACCAAGUCCGCAGGAGAAGGCGUGCCCUCCAUCAGACAUUACCGCAUCAAAGAGACGCAGGCGACGCCCAAACAGUACUACCUGGCGGAGAAGCACCACUUCAGCAGUAUCCCGGAGCUGAUUGAGUACCACCAGCACAACGCAGCAGGUCUUGUGGCCAGGUUGCGUUAUCCGGUGGGAAAGAGUGGCAUGGCAGCCCCUCCUACUGCAGGAUUCAGCUACGAAAAGUGGGAGAUCAACCCGUCGGAACUGACCUUCAUGAAGGAGCUGGGCAGCGGGCAGUACGGGGUGGUGCGUCUGGGCAAGUGGCGGGCGCAGCACAAGGUGGCCAUCAAGGCCAUCCGUGAGGGCGCCAUGUCCGAGGAGGACUUCAUAGAGGAGGCCAAAGUCAUGAUGAGGCUGUCCCACCCGAAGCUGGUGCAGCUGUACGGGGUGUGCAGCCAGAAGAGGCCCAUCUACAUCGUGACCGAGUUCAUGGAGCUGGGCUGUCUGCUCAACUACAUCCGGCAGAGACGGGGCAGCUUCGGCACCGAGACCCUGCUGGGCAUCACCCAGGACGUCAGUGAGGGCAUGCAGUACCUCGAGAGCAACAGGUUCAUCCACAGGGACCUGGCUGCAAGGAACUGCUUAGUGAACGAUUCUCUGGUGGUGAAGGUGUCAGAUUUUGGAAUGGCUAGGUAUGUCCUGGAUGAUCAGUACACCAGCUCCGCUGGGAUCAAAUUCCCCGUGAAGUGGUCUCCGCCUGAAGUCUACAAUUAUUGUAAAUACAGCAGCAAGUCAGACGUGUGGUCAUUCGGUGUGUUGAUGUGGGAGGUGUUCACAGAAGGCAGAAUGCCCUUUGAAAAAAACGCAAACCAUGAAGUGGUGAUGAUGGUCUCCCAAGGCCAUCGGCUGUACAGACCGAAGAAGGCCACAGCCAACAUCUACGAAAUCAUGCAGCUGUGCUGGUUUGAGAAACCUGAAGACCGGCCAACAUUUGCCCAGAUUACUGUGCUGAUCAGAGAGUUGCUGGAGGAAUGGAGCUGAAUCUCACAUGCAAAAAGAGACAUGGACUAUAAUAUAAACAUGACCUGGAUCUUAGUUUUCUGCCCAGGUGCCUGCUCAUUUGAAUACCUCUUCCACAUACGAUUUGUUCUACGGCUUGCCAGAGACGCACCAUGUUAAGCCACACAUUUCAAAUCUGUCUGUGUUGAACUAUAUCAAUUAGAAAGUACAUCUGCAUGCUGCAGAAACAUUCAGCCACGCAUUUAACAUUUCAGAAGGUUGUUUCAUGCUACAUUUGGAAUAUUUUUAUAGAAGAAUCCUGACAUUUUGAUUGUAAAGAUGA